AAGAAAAUAAGUUGGGUCACUCUAACUUAGAUUUAGGACCACAACGAAGAAAACAUAUGAAUUGGCAUAAAGGGUGUCCAUUAUUUCAAUCAUCACAUCUACUUACCUUCUAUAAAAGUACUUAAGUAUAGUUGAAUCUGAAUUCUGUGAAAUUGUUGAAAGAUUUUUAGCCAUGUUUUUCAAGAUCUUGGCCUUGAUUAUGGCUGCUCUUUUCGGUCUUGUAACCUCUGAAGAUCUUGGAUUUACUUACAAUAGCUUCAAUAGAGCAAACUUGAGUCUUGAUGGCAUAGCACAGUUGACAUCAAAAGGCUUAUUACAGCUAACAAAUACUUCUCGGCUGCAAAAGGGCCAUGCUUUUUAUCCUACACCAAUAAAUUUCAAGAACUUACCAAAUGGUUCAAAUUUCUCUUUUUCUACCACUUUUGUCUUUGCUAUAGUACCUUCAGUUUUGCCUGGUCAUGGCAUGGCUUUUGUAAUUGCACCUGUAGGAGGGUUAGUAGAUGCAUUUCCAAGCCCAUUUCUAGGCCUAUUCAAUGAUAACACUACUGGCAAAGUCACCAACCAUAUUUUCGCGGUGGAGAUUGAUACCCUUCAAAACAGAGAAUUCAAUGAUAUUGAUGGUAACCAUGUUGGAAUUGACAUCAACGGAUUAAAAUCCGUUGAUUCAAAGACAGCAGGUUAUUAUGCUAGCAAUAGUGUCAAACUCAAUAACAUGACUCUAGCUAGUGGCCAGCCAAUGCAAGCUUGGGUGGACUAUAAUGGUGUGGCUAAGCAAAUUAAUGUCACAUUGGCUCCAAUGAAUAUGGCAAAACCAAAUGUUCCUCUUUUGUCUAUAUCCUAUGAUCUUUCACCAAUUUUAAAUAAAACCAUGCUUAUUGGCUUCUCUGGAUCCACUGGCUCAGUUGUUUCAACACAAUAUGUUCUUGGAUGGAGCUUCAGAAUGAAUGGAAUAACUCAAGGGCUUGAUCUUUCUAGGCUUCCUAAGCUUCCUCGAGUUGGACCGAAGAAACAAUCCAAACUCUUGUUGAUUGCUUUGCCUUUGAUAUCAGCAGUUGUAGUAGUAAUAGCCUUCUCUGUGUUAAUUUAUUAUGUAGGAAGGAAAAGAAAGUUUGCUGAAUUGCUUGAAGAUUGGGAGCUUGAAUAUGGCCCUCAUAGGUUCAAGUACAAAGAUCUUUAUAUUGCAACCAAAGGAUUUGCAAACAAAGAGUUGUUAGGUUAUGGGGGUUUUGGCAGAGUUUAUAGAGGGAUAUUACCUAAUUCUGCACUUGAGAUAGCAGUCAAGAAGGUAUCUCAUGAAUCAAAACAAGGGUUGAGGGAAUUUGUAGCAGAAAUUGUUAGUAUUGGUCGACUACGCCAUAGAAAUUUAGUACCACUUUUAGGCUAUUGCAGGAGAAAAGGAGAGUUGCUUUUGGUUUAUGAAUGUAUGCCUAAUGGAAGUCUUGAUAAGUUUCUAUAUGACAAACCAAGAUGUGCUCUCAACUGGAACCAAAGAUUUCGUGUCAUUAAAGGCGUAGCAUCAGCGCUAGUCUAUCUGCACGAAGAAUGGGAACAAGUUGUAAUUCACAGAGAUGUAAAGGCUAGUAAUGUGUUGUUAGACAGUGAGUUAAAUGCAAAGUUGGGAGAUUUUGGCUUAGCAAGAUUGUAUGAUCAUGGGAGCGAUCCGCACACUACACAUGUAGUUGGAACAGUAGGUUAUCUUGCCCCUGAACAAACUAGAACUGGAAAGGCUACAACAUGCAGUGAUGUAUAUGCUUUUGGUGCAUUUUUGCUUGAAGUGGCUUGUGGGAGAAGGCCAAUAGAUCCACGAGUAUCGGACGAGGACAUUGUUUUGGUUGAUUAUGUAUUUUCUUGUUGGACUAGAAGUGAUAUUCUUGAAGCCAUUGAUCAAAAUUUGGGAGGUGAUUAUGUUAAAGACGAGGUUGAGUUGGUGUUAAAACUUGGACUAGUUUGUUCUCAGACAGAACCAGCAGCUAGGCCAAGUAUGAGGCAAGUGUUGCUAUAUUUAGAAGAUGAUCUGCCUUUGCCAGAAUUAUCACUGAUGCAAACUUCAAAUACAAGCUUAACUUUAGCAGGGUUUGAUCAUUUUGCAAUGUCAUAUCCAUCCUCUGCUGACAAGUCACUUUCUUACCCUUGUUCUGAUACAAACUCCAUUCUCUCCGGCGGUCGAUGACUUGGGGUAUCCUGAUGCACUAAGCUGUGGGCAACAUUGGAUCGUAUGUAACAAAUAUUUAAUAUUUUUCUCUUUUCCUAGUAAAGAAAAACUAGUUAUAUUAGCUAUAUUCAACUUAAAGUUGUGGACUUGGUUUACUCAGUCAUCUUUAUGAAAAUUAAUUAGAUUUUCCUUA